AGCAGGAUGACUGUGGAUUUCAUCACGACACCCAGAAAGAUACAAUUUAAAACAUACAAAGUGUUUACUUCUAGAAAUUUCCACUUAGUAUUUUAGGACCAAGGUAGACUGUGCAGAACUGAAACUUUGGGAAAUGGAAGGACAGGUAAGGAGGGGACUAGUGUAUGAAGGUUUUAUGUGAUGCUGAUAAACUCCACUAUUCUAGGAAAAUAUCCAAGCCUUCUGGAAACUACCUUAAGAUGACUGUACUUAUUCACAUGAUAUGGGUGAGACACUUCACAGACCACACUGCAGACGUGUGUUGAACCUGCUCCAGGAAACAGAUACAUGCAACCUACAAAGUUGUUAAGAUCAUAUGUCUCUGGAGCAUUUGGAUGAUGUGAUCAUUGGAAUGCAGUGAUGUCGACUCUCUGCCCGCCACCAUCUCCAGCUGUUGCCAAGACAGAGAUUGCGUUAAGUGGUGAAUCACCUUUGUUAGCAGCUACCUUUGCUUACUGGGACAAUAUUCUUGGUCCUAGAGUAAGGCACAUUUGGGCUCCUAAGAAACAGCAGGUUCUACUCAGUGACGGAGAAAUAACCUUUCUUGCCAACCACACCCUAAAUGGAGAAAUUCUUCGAAAUGCAGAGAGUGGGGCUAUAGAUGUAAAGUUUUUUGUCUUAUCUGAAAAAGGAGUGAUUAUUGUUUCGUUGAUCUUCGAUGGAAACUGGAAUGGGGAUAGGAGUACAUAUGGACUAUCGAUUAUACUUCCUCAGGCGGAACUUAGUUUCUACCUCCCACUUCACAGAGUGUGUGUCGAUAGAUUAACACAUAUUAUCCGGAAAGGAAGGAUAUGGAUGCAUAAGGAAAGACAAGGAAAUGUCCAGAAGAUCGUUCUAGAAGGCACAGAGAGAAUGGAAGAUCAGGGUCAGAGUAUUAUUCCAAUGCUUACUGGGGAAGUGAUUCCUGUAAUGGAACUGCUUUCAUCUAUGAAAUCACACAGUGUUCCUGAAGAAAUAGAUAUAGCUGACACAGUACUCAAUGAUGAUGAUAUUGGUGACAGUUGUCAUGAAGGCUUUCUUCUCAAUGCUAUAAGCUCACACUUGCAAACCUGUGGCUGUUCAGUUGUUGUAGGGAGCAGUGCAGAAAAAGUAAAUAAGAUAGUGAGAACUUUAUGCCUUUUUCUGACUCCAGCAGAGAGAAAAUGCUCCAGAUUAUGUGAAGCAGAAUCAUCAUUUAAAUAUGAAUCAGGGCUGUUUGUACAAGGCCUACUAAAGGAUUCAACUGGAAGCUUUGUGCUACCCUUCCGGCAAGUCAUGUAUGCCCCGUAUCCCACCACGCACAUAGAUGUGGAUGUCAACACGGUGAAGCAAAUGCCACCCUGUCAUGAACAUAUUUAUAACCAGCGUCGAUACAUGAGGUCAGAGCUAACAGCGUUCUGGAGGGCCACUUCGGAAGAAGACAUGGCACAGGAUACCAUCAUCUACACGGAUGAAAGCUUCACUCCCGACUUGAAUAUUUUUCAAGAUGUCUUACACAGAGAUACUCUAGUAAAAGGCUUCCUGGAUCAGGUCUUUCAUUUGAAACCAGGUUUAUCUCUCAGGAGCACCUUCCUUGCACAGUUUCUACUUGUCCUUCACAGAAAAGCCUUGACACUAAUAAAAUACAUAGAAGAUGAUACGCAGAAGGGGAAAAAGGCCUUUAAAUCUCUUCGGAACCUGAAGAUAGACCUUGAUUUAACAGCAGAGGGCGAUCUUAACAUAAUAAUGGCUCUAGCUGAGAAAAUUAAACCAGGCCUGCACUCUUUCAUAUUUGGAAGAUCUUUCUACACUAGUGUCCAAGAACGAGAUGUUCUGAUGACUUUUUAACUGUCUCACUGGUUAAGUAUAUUUCAUUGUAAUCGUGAUUGCUACUCAACAUGGCUUGUUGGGAAACCUCGUUCCCCCAGAUGUCGCCUCCGAAGUCCUUCUCAGCAAUUGCAGUUACACUACAGCUGUCACAGGAAGCCCGUAAAGGAGUGUCAGGUGAUCCCUCCAUCGGAUAGCUCUUUUCCUAGAUGUGCUUUCUUGGGACACAGACUUAUGUUUACACUUACAAAAGUAUUCUUGUUGGCGUUUAAAGAUGUAACAAUAGGAUAUAAACUUGACCACAGAUACUGUUCUCAGCAACUUCUAUUUCAUGGUUUACAUGUAUAUCCAGGUCAAAUCUGAGUUAGCUUUCAGACGGACUACUAGUUGACUUCCAUCUUCUAUUGUUCCUAGGUAUAUGGAAUUACUAUAAUGCAUUGGCAGUCAACUGAAAAUUAGAGCAUUUAAAUCAUUUCAGAAAGGAAGAUGGCUUAACCAUCCUGAGAUUUGGAGAGAAAAUACUGGUGAAACAGGCUUUUUUAUCUGAAUAAAUUAUUAGGUCCUGUUUUGUAGACUUAAUCUUUAGGAUUUGGUCUAUGUAAAAAUGUCGAGAGUUAUAUAUAGUCCCUGGUUAUGAUGAACCACAGUCAGUGCAUUUUUCUAUUUCUUUUAUUGUUGUUGUCAGUAUCCUGUGUAUUUGUACUUUGUCCACGAACAUAUAGGAAAUUAAAAUUUUAUGUUUAGUAGUCGUUGGUUAUUAAAAAUUGAUUUUCAUUAUUUUAAGCCAAAUGGAAAAGUUUACCUUCUGUGCCUUUUUUUUCCUUGAAAGAUAUGAUUACUUUCCUAGGUGUUCAGGUUCCUCAGAUCAGUCAUUUUCAUUUGAUUUUUAUUCUUAUCACCAUAUUCCUGACUUGGCAGUCAUUGUAACGUCAGGAUUAUCAGUGUGUUAGAGAGUAUGCUGACUAACAAGUUCUUUUUUUUAGGAGCAGAGAACAGUUUCUUGUCUUCUUCAUUCUUAUGUUUCUGCCUAUAUUUUUUUAAAUUGUUGUUAUGUUACCUGCAUUGGAUAAAGAAUAACAAGAGAAGCUUUACUGAAGUCCUAUUUUUCUAGGUGCUACUUUGGCAAAACUAAGUGAUCUGUUUCUUUUGUUUCAUUAAUGUGUUUGGACCAUUUUGCUAGCUAAAACAUUAACAUAAUUCUGUGCCUACAGCAUGGAGGACAUAGCGAUAUACACAAACACAAGUAAGUAAUCUUAUUUAAACCUGUGGAAGUGACACAAAAGGGAAAAUGUAUUUAUUUAUAAAGAAAGGUUAAAAGUGAUAGCGCCCCUAUGCCCUCACCCACCGACUUUAACAAAAAAGACAUGGUGUAUUCUGAAAGGUCUUAAUAGCUUUUAUUUCGUGUCAUAUGUAGCUGUCUUGAUAUUUUGGACACACAUUGAACGUUGAACAAGAUCAUUAAUGUAUUCCAAUUCAGUAGUGGAUAAAUGUGUGGAUACCAACCACCUUGUAAUGUCCCAUCCAUGAUGCUUUUUCCACAAUAGAUUCCUGUUUAAGUGCUGAUUGGGUUUUUGUUUGUUUUGCUGGUUUAUUAUGCUGUUGUAUUGAGUGUAAGUUGUACAGUGAAAUAAGUUAUUAAAGCAUGUGUAAACAUUAUUAUGUAUCUUCUCUCCUCGAUGGAGAAUUUUGAAUAAAAUAUCUUUGAAAUUUG